AUGGCAAGUACGGAAGAAAUGUUAGAGGAGCUUCUUAAUAUUGAGGUUGAGCUUCAAGACGUCCAAGAUCAGAUAAAGAUAUUUUUUGAUCGGCAAGAGAAGUUGCACGACAGACAAUCUGAACUGAAGUCCCUAUUAGAAAAUUGUGAAUCAUCAGGAAACCAUGCUAGCAGUGGCCCUGUUGUUUCUUCAGAGAAUUGGUCGGGGCCAUUUGAAUGGGAUUCUGAAGCUGACGAUGUUAGGUUCAAUGUUUUUGGCAUAUCCACGUACCGUGCAAAUCAGCGAGAGCCCCAACCAAGAUUUCACACCACACUCCUCUUCCCAUUAACCAACUACCACUAUACUGAUCACAUUGUUUUCGGCUCCCAAUUCAAUGAGCCUAUGGGACUUGAUGAUGAGGCAGAAUCGAGAAAUUAUGUUCGUGCAGUGUGUGUCUGGAUAAAGAGAAAUGGAGAAGAAUUACUUGCCUUUGCAGUGACUAUAGCUCCAGCCCACACUAGCUCAUCGUUUGUUUCGGAUGGAACAUUCUGUUGCUGGGAUGAAAGUGCUAGUACAGUUGCUUAUCUCCAGAUUAUAAAUGCUGUCUUGAGUGGAAGAGAUGUUCUAGUGAUUAUGGCCGCUGGUGGAGGCAAGAGUCUUUGCUACCAACUUCCAGCUGUUCUUCGUAAUGGAGUCACUCUUGUUGUCAGUCCUUUGCUUUCUCUUAUUCAAGAUCAGGUGAUGGGGUUGGCUGCCUUGGGCAUCCCGGCAUUCAUGUUGACAUCAAUAACUAGCAAGGAAGACGAAAAAUUUAUAUACAAGGCCCUUGAAAAGGGUGAAGGAGAGCUUAAAAUAUUGUAUGUCACACCAGAAAAGAUAUCUAAGAGCAAGAGAUUUAUGUCUAAACUUGAAAAGUGUCAUCAUGCUUGCCGUCUCUCGGAAAAGAACCUUUGUAAUAAUAUACAUUUGAAGUACCAUGUCUUCGAUGUCUUCUUUUCCAUAGAAUCCCGUCACAUAGUCCCGUAA